AUAGUCGAUACCUCGUGGUCAUAGUGUUAAGUUCUGUCAUAUUUUAUGUUGACGAUAGCCGCAGCUGGACUGCGUCGUUUAGCAAUGUCCGCGACAGAAAAAUUUGAAGUUUUGUUCGUUUUGGGUGGACCCGGUGCAGGUAAAGGAACCUUAUGUCAUUUGUUAUCAGAAAAGUAUGGUUACGUUCACUUGUCGGCCGGUGAUCUCUUGAGGAAAGAGAGAACCAAACCCGAUUCGGAAUUUGGUGAGCUCAUCGAAACGCAUAUUAAAAAUGGAAGUAUUGUACCUGUGGAAAUCACUUGUUCUUUAUUGGAACGUGCCAUGCAGACAUCUCAGGCUCCUAAAAAAAAAUUUCUCAUAGAUGGUUUUCCACGAAACGAAAAUAAUUUAACUGGUUGGAACAAGGUCAUGUCAGACAAGGUACUUUUGAAAGGUGUCUUGUUUUGCGAAUGUUCCAAAGAAGUUUGUACUCAAAGAUGCCUCAACCGUGGAGCCUUAGGUAGUGGACGCAGCGAUGAUAAUGAAGAAACUCUUAUAAAGAGGCAUGAAACUUAUGUACAAAACACAAUGCCUAUAAUAGAAUAUUAUGAAAAACAAGGCCUGGUGCAUAAGCUUGAUGCUAUGAAAACACCAUUGAAAAUAGUAGAAGACGUAGAAAAAUUUUUACCUAGCAUAGGAUGGUAAAUAAGACGACAAACUAUUAUAUGGAAAGAAAUAAUUUUACAGUCGAUAUUUUUCUUUCUUUUAUCAAAUAUCAAUCAUUGAAUUUCCAAGCUUUUGUUAGUCGAUAGAUAUGACACGUUAGAUAUAUUGCUAAUAAUAUUAUCUUACUCUUUUAUUUUAUAUUUUUAUCAAUUGAUACUUUGUCAGAAUUAUUUUAUCUUAAUUAUUAUAUACAUUAUUGUAGAAUAUAAUUGUAGAACACGUUAACUGUAGAAAUACAAUAUAUAAUAACAAAAUACUAUAUAAUAUAUAAUAUAAUAACUAUAAUAUAAAAUACUAUAUACUAUAUAAUAUAAUAAUAACAAAAGACUAUAUGAUGGGAUAGAAAUAGACAUUCUUUGAUACCGAGUUGUAUACAGAAACAGAAGAUGUUUAUAAUUGAUAUGUAUAUAUAAAUGCAUUAGAUAUACAGAUAUCAGGUAUGAAAUAUAACGACAAAAUGAUGUAUAAUGAUAAAGCAUUAAUAUUGCUGUGCAAGCAAAUAAUAAAAUUGAACUUGAGAAUUAUAUUACAAUAA